CUGUGUUCAAGGUCGUUGGCACGGAACGGCGGGUAACUUUGAUUGGGUUUUGCGCACUUAUCAGUAGAAUGCCUUUAUGCUGCGGUGGAAUAGGAACACCUAGGGAGCCGUCUGCAGAGGAGAAAGAAAAACUUAAAACUCUGUUAGAAAGUAAUUUGGAGUCCCAUAUCGGACGAAAACCUCGUUCAUUUGAAAUCGUCCAGAUCACUAGUCAGGUAGUCGCAGGAACAAAUCACUUCGUUAAGGUGAAAAUAGAUGAUGGUGAUUAUAUUCACGCUCGAAUUUUUGAACCACUACCCUGUCAUGGCAAAGAACUUCAACUACACUCUGUCGUUAAAGAUAAAAAGGAAAGUGAUGCAUUGGAAUACUUCUAAAACUCGGUUCUCAUACCCACCGCUUGUUUGACUUAUAUUUUUGUCUUUUAUAAUCUAUUAAUAUACUUUUAUGCUCAUA